GCAGGAAUGGUUGGUCGAGCCAGCAAGUUGAUGCGCGAUUCUGCAGUUUGUUUCAGGCCGAGCGAUAACUUCCAUUUGAGUUGAACUAAACAAGGAAAAGGCACAUCGACAGCCGUAUUGCCGCAGUUGUGCAUUAUUGCAGUUGUAUUCUGCUGGUCGACUCGACUCUGAAAGUGAAACAAAAAUAAAUAGAAGUCCCUUUGCGCUUCGUCACCUCCGAUCUAUUGCACUUCUAUUUUCGGCCACCCUUUCACUGUGACGUUGUGCAACUGUGUGUGCGUGUUUGUGAGUACGGGUGUAAGAUCGUGCGUGUUUUUUUUUGCCAACGCUGAGCGAGAUCGUGCGUGAAUGUUAUAAGCUGCGACCAGCAUGUGGUUUGUUACCCUGCGGUGUAAGUGUUGGAAGUUGUAAAGUUAUCUGAUGUGUUUCGCAGUGAAAAGUGGCAAUUUACAACGAUUGCAAGCGAUCAUGUGCUGACCGUUCUGUGUACCGUGUGUGUGUGUGUGUAUUUGUGUGUGAGAUCGACAAAGAAAAGGAAAACAUCCUUCGUCAGGCGAGGCAAAGCAGUUGGUGUUCUUAGGGAUUAACAUAUCCCUGCGUCCCUCAGCCGGAGGUAGUGUCCUGCAGUGGCUUCCCUGUUGCUCGGGUCGGCUUGCACCGGAAGUGUGAUAAUUGUAAACUAACCCUGCACGCCCACCGCUCGUCUAGCCGAUCCUGAUCCUUUUUGAGUGUGUGUUUUGUUGAAGAAGCCAAAAAGGAAAGGAAAGGAAAACCUUCAACCGAAUCACGUCCGAGGAAAAGAACGCGUACAGUGUUACCAUUGCGGUUGCGGACCGUUCCCGAAGUCGAUGCAGCGACGCAGCUGCAGCACCCUGGCAGCGUCCGGCAGAUGAAGUGCUAACGGCGGCGGAGUCGGAGUCGGCGGUAGUGUGUACGCGCCUGGGCAGAUACUGCUUCGCGCUGCUCCACGGCCAACCGGAGACGACGACCGCGACGACGACGACAACGACGACGGCGGCGACCGAGCGACACCCAAGUGACACCGACCCGCCCGGGUUCGCCAGCAGGCGAAGGGGGAGAGCGUACGCCGGGGUGGCACCGGACUGUGACAAUACGGCGACACCAGCCAUGCUAGCGCCGGGCAUCCGAGUUGCCCGCGGGCCGGACUGGAUCUGGCAGGAUCAAGAUGACGGUGAAGGACACGUCGGUACGCUGUGCGAAAUAGGACGCUCCGGGUCGACCCACUCGCCGGACAAGACGGUCGUCGUGAACUGGGACUCGGGCCACCGGACCAACUAUCGCGUCGGCUACCACAAGCAGUACGAUCUGAUCGUGAUCGACAACGCGCAGAUCGGCGUGAAGCACCCGAACGUAAUCUGCGACGGGUGCACCAAGGCGGGCAUCGCCGGCAUUCGCUUCCGGUGCGCCGAGUGUCCGUACUACGACCUGUGCGCCACCUGCUACGGCAACGACGUGCACGACCUCGAGCAUCCGUUCAUCCGCUUCCAGACGUCCAACUCCGUGGGCAUCCGUUUGCCACCGCGGAAGGGAGCGACCAAGGUACAGCUGAAGGGCAUAUUCGUCGGUGCAAGAGUAACGCGCGGUCCCGACUGGGAAUGGAGUAAUCAGGACGGUGGUCCCGGAAAGACUGGUCGUGUUAUGGAAAUUCGUGGCUGGGACAACGAGUCGUGUCGCAGUGUGGCCAGUGUUGCCUGGGCCUCCGGCUCAACGAACGUGUAUCGCCUCGGGCACAAGGGAAACGUCGAUCUGCGGUACGUGCAGCCGGCAGUCGGUGGAUAUUACUACAAGGAUCACAUGCCAGUAUUAGGUCAACCAGAGGAACAGCAGCCGGUGUCGCCGCCGGUGCGUUCGCACUUUUACGUCGGCGACCGGGUGCAGGUGGCCAUCUCGGAGGAGCGCCUGAAGACGCUCCAGCAGGGCCACGGAGGAUGGAACCCGCGGAUGGCGGAGUACCUGCCGAAGAUCGGCAUCGUGCACCGCAUCACCGACAAGGGUGACAUCCGCGUGCAGUACGAGGGGUGCGCAAACCGGUGGACGUUCCAUCCGGCCGCACUGGUUAAAAUAUUCAGCUUCAAUCUGGGCGACGUGGUGACGUUCAUAAGCGAUGCGGCCAAAAUGCAGCAACUGCAGAAGGGCCACGGCGAAUGGAUCGAAACGAUGCACAACGUGCUGGGGAAGUCGGGCAAAGUGAUCAAGAUCUACAGUGACGGUGAUCUGCGCGUCCAGCAGCUGGACGAGGACAUGGCGUGGACGGUGAACCCGAAGUGCGUGAAGCUGGAGCGGUCGGCGGUGUCGCAUGCGGCGGCCACCGAGCGUUCGAACAGCAUGAUGGACUUGAGCAAUCAGCGCACGAACGAGCACCACAUGACGCCACUGUCCGGGCUGUCGGGGACGUCGGCGGCGGAUCGAUUGGUGCGGGAAGCGGCCCAGGGCAACCUGGAGUUUGUCCAGAACUAUUUGGGAAUGAAUACCGAAGCAGUGGACUGCGUUAGUGGCGGCAAAACGUGCCUCCAGGUGGCCGCACACCAGGGGCACGUCGAGCUGGUUAAGUAUCUGCUGCUGCUCGGCGCGAACGUGAACGUGGUGGACAAGGAGGGCGACUCGACGCUGCACUACGCCGCCUUCGGCAACCAACCGGAGAUUAUGCGAGUGCUGCUGCAGCACAACGCCAACAUCGAUGUGCUGAACUCGUCCCACUGCUCGGCGUUGCACAUCUCGGCCCACAAGAAGCCACCGCACUGCGUGAAGGUGCUGCUCGAGUUCGGCGCAAACGUGAACGUCCAGGACGCGUACGGUGAUACGGCGCUCCACGAUGCCAUCGGCAAGGAGAACACGGAAGUGGUGGAGCUCCUGUGCAACUGUCCAACCCUCGAUCUGACCAUCCGCAACAAUCGUGGAUUCAAUGCGCUCCAUCACGCGUCGCUGAAGGGGAAUGUGCACGCGGCCCGGAACAUUAUUCGUCUCGCCCGCCAGCUGGUGAAUGUGCGCAAGGACGAUGGCUUUUCGGCGCUUCACCUGGCCGCCCUCAACGGGCACUCGAAGGUGGUAGAGGUGUUGGUAAAGGAGGGCCAGGCGGACGUUAACAUACGCAACAAUCGGAGCCAGACGCCGUUCCUGUUGGCCGUGUCGCAGGGCCAUACGGCGGCGAUCGAGAAGCUGGUCGACCUCGGGUGUGACAUUCGGGCGCGAGACGAAGACGGCGACAAUGCGAUGCACCUGUGCAUCAUCAAGAAGGCCAACCUUGUGCAGGAAGUAUCGCCGACGGAGGCACCGAAAAUCCACGACAUCUUCCAGUCCCUCGCUGGCAUCGUGAGCGAGCAUCGGUUGAUGUACGCGUUGCUGUGCUUCCUGGCCAGCGAAGGGUGCCCGCUCGAUGUGAACCACAAGGGGGCGCGCGUGCUCGACUGGAUUCAGAGCCCGCAGAUCAAGGAGAUCAUCGUCGAGUACGAACGGACGCGGUUGGCGAGGGAAGCGGCCGCAGCGGCAGCCCCCAACGGACCCGUCAUCUCGUCGGCGAUUCUUUCGGCGACCGGAGCCGCUUCGCGCAAUCUAGCGAACGAGGAGGAUCCACAGCAACAGCAGCUUUUGUUCAACUUCGAGUCGAUGAGCAUAGCUGGCGUUGGAAACAACCAGCAACAGCUGGUGGACAAGAUGGAGGGUCCGCACAAUCCGCAGCUCGUGCUGGAGAACGGUAUGUCCGGGGUCUCACUGGCGGCGCUAUCCGGUCCCGGUGUCAGCGGAAUGCAGCAGCCCAUCGGCUCGAACCCUCCAACUCCGGUGAGACGGAACCGUGCUGGGCACAAUCGCGACCCGGGAGGUGCCGCCUCCGGUGCUCUGGUAACCCCACCGGCCGUACUCGGUGCCGCUGGCCAUAGUGAAGACGGCCAUAGUGAUCUGCCUCCCAUAACCUCCGCCGCCUCCCAUAACCUCGCCGCCGGUGAUAUUAGUCUUAGUGCUAGCAAUGGCAACAUCGUGUUUGUAGAUAGUCCCGCUCGGUACAAGUCACCCAACAGAGCCUUAUCGCCGGCAGGAGGAGCUGCUGCAGGCGUUCCACCUCCAGUACCACCACCAUCAUCCACCGGCGAACAGCUACAGGUAGCCCCGGUACCGCCACCUCAUGCCAGUGGCCUCUCUUCGUCGUCUCCGGCGCCCUCGAAUGGACCCUCGAAGCAUAUCAGUCGGCGCCAGUUCGCGCUGGACAAGAUCGCACCGCAAACGCCCCCAACCUCUAGCUCUAGCGGGUCCUCUUCAAGCCCGCCACCAUCCUCUGGUGGUGGUUGUGCACCGGUACCACCACCGUUACCCCCGCCAGCAUCCUCCGCCACACACAACCACCGCCAUCAACAACCACCACGGCUUACCCCGGCCGAGUGUAUCGUGUGCAACGAAAUCCUGCCCCUGAUCAUUUUCGAUCCCUGCCAGCAUCAGAUCACUUGCGAGGAGUGUGGCAUCCGGAUGAAGAAGUGUCUCACCUGCGGUGAACAUAUUGAGCGCCGCACGACGGUGGCCGGCCGGCCGCUGUUCUGCACCAAGGACGGCCGCCAACCGUCCGCCGACCGGUUGCGCUAUCUCGAGAGCAAAAUCAUGGAGAUCGAGGAGACGCACUGCUGCAGCAUCUGCAUGGAGCGCCGGCGGAACGUGGCGUUCCUCUGUGGGCACGGUUCCUGCUCCAAGUGUGCCGAAACGCUCAAGAUCUGCCACAUGUGCCGGAAGGCGAUCACGAAAAAGAUCAACCUGUACUAGGUACACCCUUCCCGCACAGUUCCCGCGGGUGUGGCCACGUCUUGUUGUUACCAAAUUACUCAAGUGGAAAGUUUUGCUGGACAAGCGAGAAACGACUUAGCACAAAGUCACUGUUGGUGAAACUAAGGCUCGACUUCCCCCGAUGCGUACAGCGAUGUGUGUAUGUUUGUGUGCGUGUGCGUAUGUGUGUGCGUGUGUAACGGUUUAUUUUUUGUUAGGAAAAAAGCGUGUAGACAAACGGUCAUAACGAAAAGAUCAUCUGUAAGUGUUCACUAUUUAUUUAUACUAUACAUUAUAGCUAGGUUUAUAACUAUUAUUUCAUCAGUUGUACGAACUGAACCGCUAAUGGAAAGAUGUGAAUGGACGAAGCAAAUGAAAAUCAAAAAUUAUGAGAAAAAAACAGAAACAAACACGCGAACACUCUUUUCUUUUCCGGUUGAGAUACUCUAUUGUUGCCGCUGUUCCGAAAUGCGC